ACCAUCAGCUUAAACAUGGCCUACAUGUGGAUUUCCCCCAAACAGCAGCACAGACCCUAAAACCAGGAGAGCAUCAGUGAUAUUAUACAUAUGAUAAAUAUUUAUAAUAAUAAUAAUAAUAAUAAUAAUGAACAGCACAACAGGACUGAUCAUUAACUUGCAAAGACUUGUGCAGACAUUCCACACAAGACACUAUCAUCCGGGUUGUGUGUUGUUCUAUAAACUUGUCCUCCCACAGCAUGUAAAAACAAACAGGCGUGAGUUAAUAGUCAACCCGGACGCGAUUACAAGCCCACGUUAAUUGGGCUGUUGCGCAUGCGCGCGGUGAUAACAGGGGCGUGGAGUUGUGUGUGACCGGGUGUUAACCUGAGACACAGCCCCGAGUUCGGCUUCACUGACCUCCACUUUGUGAUAAGUGGUAGUUAGAAAGCAUUGAAACCUUAUCUCUUUCUACACGCGUUCACACUUAACACACACACACACACACACACACACGCACGUACAGAGCUCUCACAGCUGGAAAGCCUAGGGCUGAGUUACUGACUGGAAUGCUGCGUUCAAGACCUAACUCAAUGUCAGAGUGCCAUGCUGCGUUCAAGACCUAACUCAAUGUCAGCGUGUCAUGUUGGGUUCAAGACCUGACUCAAUGUCAGAGUGUCAUGUUGGGUUCAAGACCUGACUCGAUGUCAGAGUGUCAUGUUGGGUUCAAGACCUGACUCGAUGUCAGAGUGCCAUGCUGCAUUCAAGACCCGAUUCGAUGUCAGAGUGUCUUGUUGGGUUCAAGACCCGAUUCGAUGUCGGAGUGUCUUGUUGGGUUCAAGACCCGAUUCAAUGUCAGAGUGUCUUGUUGGCUUCAAGACCUGACUCGAUGUCAGAGUGCCAUGCUGCCUUCAAGACCUGACUCGAUGUCAGAGUGCCAUGUUGCGUUCAAGACCUGAUUCGAUGUCAGAGUGUCAUGCUGCCUUCAAGACAAAAAACUAAAAUAAAACCAAUAGAAGUUCUGAAUGAAUUUCAUUGGAGGACUUGAAGGUAGCAUAAGUGUUAAUUCAUCCCUGUAAGAGUUAACACUUCACGUAGGGGUUAAAUUGGAAUUUAGUAGGUGGGAGAACACAGGGGUACCAAAAGUUUGUGAUGAGAGUAGCAAUUCUGGUGCCAAUUUGUUGGUUGGUGCUGUAUAUACAUUACACCAGUGAGAAGUUAGCAGCUGCCUGCUACACUGACUGCUAGCGCAGUUACAAUGGCAUAAGGGAUUUUCUCACUCCCCAUUUUCCAGUAACAUUUAUGUUAAUAUCAUAUUAAUGAGAAAAAAAUGUAGACGUAGUGGAGAAAACAAACUCAAAGUUCCAGAAUGCAGUGCAGCUUUACAGUUGUGCUGAGUUACAGCAGAGACUUGGUUUGGCUAAUUAGAGAUCUACGAGAAGUACAGUGGCGUUGAUGGUGAUAUUAGCAUGAAAUUUGAAGCUUUGGAGCCUGAUCUGUUUGAGCAGAGUGUACAGGUAAGGAGGUGAGGGGGCUGGGCAGACUAAAGGACUAAAGCUCUGCUGCAUCUGUCUGUUUAGGUAGAAAUGAAGCAAGGGCUAACUGCUACUGGGACAGUAUGACAUUGUGGAUAAUGUAGGAAAUAUUUAACCAAAGUAAGGAUAGACUUUAUAGACUUUGUAGAAUAGAAAAAUGGAUUCAAGGGUUUUUAAGGGUCCUUAGCUUCCAAGAAAGGGCUCUCCUUUCAGCUAGAGAAACACUGGUGGAGGGUGUUGUAGGGUUUUCCAUGCAGCCUUUAAGGAGCCCCCAGAGGGUAAUUGAUGAACUCUUAAGCAUUCUAGAUUUUGCAAGAAAUAAAUUUGUUCAUUGUUCAUUCAUUCAUUAGCAACCACUUUAUCCUGGUCAGGGUCGAGGUGGAUACGGAGCCUCUCCCGGGAGCACUGGGUGCGAGGAGGGAGCACACCCUGGAAGGGAUGCCAGUCAUGCACACUCUCAGUCACACACUCAUUCACACCUCAGGGAAGUGCAGAUUUGGUUAAAAAUUUAACCCCAGAAACUGAGCACCUGUUGGUAGGUAUUCAUUCAUAACUGUAUCUAUGAGUUAACUUUCAGGUUAAAUUGGACACUUUGAGUAUUACAAGAAGCUGAUUCAGCAUGAUGUUAAGCAUGGUUAAGAAGUCCAUAACUGUGAGUUAAAGUUAAAUUAAACAUUGAAUGCUAAUGUAACACUAUUAGAGUUAACACUAGGUUGUAGUUCAUAAGUGUAAGGGUUAAUGCAACACUGUAGGUCACUGGGCUUUUUUUUUGUUGUGCAAUUCAGUGCAUAACUAAAGGACUACCACUGAUGAAGACUGGCGUCGCUGGUGUUGCGCAGAUCAGUUACGCUAUUUUGCUUAAUAUACUGUGUUUCCGCUGUGUGUUACAGUGUGGGCUUGUGGCAGCAUGUUCUCCCAUAGCGCGUCCCAGUAAACUGCAGCUAUAAGACCUAUAAUUAGAGGAACGCGCGGGAGGGAUACGUUUGUGUGUGUGUGUGUGUGUGUGUUCAGCACUUCAAUUUAAUUAUUUUCUCCACAUAAACACGGUACAUGCAGGAAAGCGAGUGGCACACACGAUGAUUGCGUCAGCGUCAGCGUCGCUAGCUGGGCUGCACGUGCUCGGAAGGUGAAAGCUGUGUUUAUUUAGAAUGGCUGAAUCCCAAAAGGCUCACUGCCACUUAAAUAAGUGCACUUUAUAGGGUAUGAACUAAUGACUUCCACACCCUACGUAGCGCACUAUUCAAUUCAAUUCAGUUCAAUUUUAUUUGUUUACUACUUAUAACGACGGACAUUGUCACAAAGCAGCUUUACAGAAAUAUAUAAACUCAGGAUACUAGCCUGCGUGUUUCGUAGGAAGCCAUUUAUGACUGGUUCCAUGUUUCUCCUUGUCAGCAGCUGUGUGUUUUCCUGCGCACAGGAGACAGAGCGAAGUCCCUUUGCUCCUCAGGUUGCUCUAAUCAUGUCUCAAUAGACUGCUGUUCUUAUGGGGAGUGUUUGACUAGUUAUCAGGAGCGGUUCUAGUAUUUUUUUCAUGGAGGACAGAAAGGCAUUAGUGGCCGAGUGGUUGGCACAAAAGCAAUAAACUGUAAAUAUUAUCCUACACAAGUCUUGCUUGUGAAGCAGUAUCAAAUAAAAUGAAGCAGGUAUAUGACUUUAGGCAGAAUUAUAAUACUAUAAUGCUGUAGGGCCUUUGCUUCUUCUCAAUUCUGUCUUCUAGGAGAAUGCUUACACUUGCAUCAUUAAAUCAGACUGGAUACUUUAAAUAGAAAUACAGCGCAUCCGAAAAGUCAGGAACCAGUGGGAAUAUGUUGAGGAAAUUCCGCAAAAACAUGAUACAGCAGAUGAGAAAAUGUGUACAGUGCAAGCGCGAACAUGUGGAGCAUAUGCUGUAAAUAAUAAAUACAAAAUAGUAGUAGUUUUACUCUCAUUGGUUUCUGACUUUUCAGACAGUUUGUAGUUAAUUCUUAUUAUUAUUAUUAUUACAAACGUGUAAGCAUUACUGAAGCACGAAAACAGUAUACGUUUGUUCUAUUGCUUGUUCUGUUACUUGUGCUCUUUUCCAAUGAUGUUUUAUGCAAAGGAAAAAAAAAGCAAACCUGUAGAGUCUUGGCUUUCCAGUGUACCCACUUGUAAAUAAAGCAAGUAUUUUAAAACUGAGAAGCCACUCAGUGAUGAGUCCUCCACCCCUUCAGCUGCUUCAAAUGGUGUCACACAUCUUUUCCUGUCAUGUACCGCUUCUGUUUGCGUGUGGUUCUCCUGAAAAUUCCCAGAAUCAGUCAGCCUGAGUUUUCAAACCUGGCUUGUGUAAACUUUUCCAAUUUAAUUGCUGCUAGCGUGAAGGUGUGGAAGUGUUUUCGUGAAAGUGGUAUAUGGAAGUGUGGGGCUACAGAGGUGGCCAGCUGUAAUUAAAGGGGUGCUGUGGCUGUUCGAGAACUUCUCCUGCUAGUCAUGGAGAGAGUCAUGGAUUCCUAAGAGGAGCGUCAAGGUGCGGUUUUGUUAGCAAGUCAUCAAAAUGCAUUUGGUUUAUAUGUAAACCACCACUUGUUUGAAUGUGUGUCAUGGUAUAAACCACUUUUACAGUACUAGCUUCUUAAAGGGGUGUGUGCACAUGUAUGUUGGUGUCUGAGCUGGUACAUGGUCCCUAGAUCACUUAUGUCAGAGCACAUAUUUAGCAAAGAAACUAUAUUUGCAAUGAGAACAACUUUGCACACACUGAUUGGCUGCCUUGCAUCUCGCUGUGAUAUGUAGAGGCUCUUUGUUCUAGCUCAUCUUUCUUUCAAUGUCACAGCGUAAUUAACUCAGGAUACACAUAAGACUGUGAUGGCCAGCUUCAGCUGACUGCACAGCAAUGCAAGGCUGCAUACUUUCCAAAUUUGAGAGCUCAGAAUCAGGAGCUACUUCUAUAAAAAAAAAAAAAAAAUGCAUACCACCAUUCUAUGUAGUAGACCAGAAAAGCACAGCACUAUAGGUCAGUUAAUUUUCUGAGUAUAAUGCGUUCAUUCAUUCAAUAAUCUUCAGUAGGGCCAGCCAAUUAAAUGCUGAUAGUAUGUCAUACACUGUUAUGUCAGAUGCCUCAAGAAUACCGUUAAGAGCAUGUGUAUUCAGCUGUAGAGAAUGAGAAGCACCAAUAUCAACAAAAGCUCAUGCAUUCAUUCAUCUUCAGUAACUAUUGUGUCCUGGUCAGGGCUACGGUUGGCUAAAAGUUCUAAAAUAAAAUAAUGACACACAAAAGAAUUCAUAUGCGUGGACUGAUGAUGAGGUAGAACUGAUGCUUAAGGUUGCACUUGAGUGUUAUCAGAAAUCUUGUACAAAUUUACAGUAUGGUUCGUAGCCACCGGAGCAGAGGAUUCAGGAGCAGUACAGUGUGUAUCAUAUUGUGGCAGUGCUCAAGGGUGUAAUAAUAAAAUAAAGCCAAAUUAAAUUACGAAGACAUUAUGAAAUAAAUUUCAGACCAUGAACUAACAAUCUGAUCAGCAGCUGUGAUAAAGAGUCCAAGCAUAUUCAUAACACACUCAAAACCAUCACAGGCAUGCGGUAGGAUGUCGCUGUGACGUCAGUGUUUUUGUUUUUUUUUUCCACCAUCCACACGAAAACAGUGAAAACUUCACUUUUGAGGGAGUAGUUUCAAAAAACUUUGUUUCCAGUGACCGAAAACACUGAUUUUGUAUGGACGGGAGGCCAAAUCCCUUGGAAAAAAAACUAUUUAGGCUUAUAACUAUGGCUAUAACCUAAUUGCAAAGGGUUGUGUAAUUAUAAUGAUUAAGAUAAUAGUAGUUGAUGAUGAUCUCAACCAUCAUCCUGUCAUUAAAAAAACGAAUAAAAAUUGUGAAGCCUUGGGCUAUACAUUACAGACCAUGUAUUCAAAGCCAAGCCUUGAAGUUUAUAUAUUGUGUAUUGUAGUUUAGCAUUGGAAAUUUUCCAUACCUAAUCGAGGUCCUGAGAAAUAAUAUCCGUUUUGGAAAUUCUCCUGCAUCCUGCAUUUUAUGCAUCACAAAACAAUACUGUAGAAGUGAGCUAAUCCAGGCUUAUUUGAAAUAACCUCGCUUAAACUAACCAGACAGGUGAUUCUAGCCUCAGUGCUUUCCACUAACAGUCAAAAAGUCCAGCUGCGACCUGGAGUCCAGAUGUAGCAAUGGAGGCUCACGGGCAUCUAUGUGAUGCAUAAGCAGCCCUGACAAUCGACUGAUAAUAGCACAUUUUCAGUUAAAGUCUGAAUAGAAAGGGCUUUUUUUUUUUUCUUCCACCGGCGAGAAUCUGUUCCAAGGUGCAUUGAAGCUGUUUGGUGCAGCCUGUGAUGGCCGUAUACCACACUAACCUGGUUUUAAUUUUCAUUCAUCACCCAUCUGUGUAUUCAGUCAGCUCUAGAUUUAUUGGCACCGUCAGUAACGGUGAGUAAAAAAAAAAUUUGUGGUUAAUUAACUUAAUUUUACACUGAAAAUAUGGGAGAAAUCAUCAUUCGACUGAAGUCUAAUUUAUUCUAAGAAAAUACAAACCCUGAUCAAAACAUAUUUAUGACAAGUAUUGGCACUCCUGCAUUUAUUAUGUCAAAAGCAUAAUUCUAUUUGUUGAACAUUUUAGAUGUACAGUGGGCUCCAAAAGUCUGAGACCACACUGAAAAUCUGGGAUUUUUUUUUCCAUUUAAAAUUGGAAUUUUGAAAUAUUUAAAACAAAGAAAGUAAAUAUUCAAUAUCGUGAAUAUUUAAUAUUCAAGAUUCUGCACUAUUUCUAGGUCCCUAUUUAAAUGUAAGCAAAUUUGUGAUAUCAACCAUGUUAACUGCUCUGUACAAAAGGUCAGAUUUUCCUCAUGUCUAAUCUCUUCUACUGAAGCAUGUAUUCAGAUGACACUCUGAUGGAUUUGAUCUAAAAUGGAUCACAAGGUUUUGCACAAACUUGUGGAGUCCAUGCAGCUCGAGUGCACACUGUCAUUAAAGCAAAAAGACAUCAUCAUAAAUACUCAGAAACUCUGAAAUUCAUGUAAAUAUUUCAAAGAUUCUACUUUUCACCCAAGUUGUAUUGUGUUAAAUUAGAAAAGAAUGCAAAAUAGAAACAAUUUCACCAGUGGUCUCAGACUUUUGGGCCCCACUGUAUGUUUUGGAUCAUUAUCCUACUGGAAGAUCCAACCAUGUCCCAGUUGUAACUUCUUGGCAGAGGCAGCCAGAUCUUCAGUUGAAAACUCCUGGUACUUCAUGGAGUCUGUGAUGCCAUGUGUCUUAACAAGGUUCCCAGGGGCUUUGAAAGACAAACAGCCCACAUCGCACACCCUACACCAUGCUUAACAGUAGGGAUAAGGUUCUUAUCUGUAGGACCAUCCUCCUUUUUUACGCCAAGCCCACUUUGACUGUUGCUAAAAAGCUCUUUUCAGUCAAAUCUAACUAUAGAACCUGGUUCCAGCUGAAGUUCCAGUAGUGUUUAGCAAACUCCAAGCAUUUAGAUUUGUGGAUCAUGACGUCUUUCUUCUGAUGUAUUGGCAUAGAGAUGGCAUCUACUUGUAGUCAACUUCGUGACCUCAAAAUACUGCUAUUUUCUCUCAGUCAGGGGAAUGUCCCUGGCAUCGAGAGUGCUUCCUUGGCCAUGGACACAGAAGAAGGAGUGGAGGUGGUGUGGAAUGAGGUGCAGUUCUCUGACAAGAAGGUCUUCAAGGCUCAUGAGGACAGAAUCAGGGAAAUGUUCGAGAACCUCAUGCAGGUGGAGCACCCCAACAUCGUUAAGUUUCAUAAAUACUGGCUGGACAUGAGGGAGAACCGAGCCAGGGUGAUUUUUAUCACAGAGUACAUGUCCUCUGGAAGUCUUAAACAGUUUUUGAAGAAAACUAAGAAAAAUCACAAGACUAUGAAUGUUAAGGCAUGGAAACGCUGGUGCACACAGAUCUUGUCUGCCCUCAGUUACCUGCACUCAUGUGAUCCACCCAUCAUCCAUGGAAACCUGACCUGCGACACCAUCUUCAUCCAGCACAAUGGCCUCAUAAAGAUCGGCUCAGUGUGGCACAGGCUUUUCGUCAAUGUAUUCCCAGAGGCCAUCCAUGGGAACGUGCACCAGCACCGUGACGAGACGCGCAAUCAGCACUACUUUGCUCCAGAGUACGGCCUUGCUGAGGAUGACUACUCUAUUGAUAUAUACUCUUUUGGUAUCUGUGCUUUGGAGAUGGCAGUUUUGGAGAUUCAGGCCAAUGGUGACACUGCUGUUUCCAAAGAGGCUAUAGCACAUGCUGGGCAGUCACUGGAGGACCCUCUCAUGAGGGAGUUUACGCAGUCAUGCGUGCGCACAGAGGCCAAGAUGAGGCCCACAGCUCAUGACCUGCUGUUCCACAGAGUACUGUUUGAAGUCCACUCCUUGAAGCUGCUCGCUGCCCACUGCUUCAUCAGCAACCAGUAUCUGCUUCCUGAGAACUGUGUAGAGGAGAAGACCAAGGCAAUAGACCCAAAUGGCAUCAUGGCAGAGAUAAACCACAGCGACCGGCCGGGAAUCCAGCUAAAGUACUCCCAUGUCUCUCCGCUGGAACUGGACAAGUUCCUUGAGGAUGUGAAGAAUGGGAUCUACCCCCUGAUGAACUUUGCCUCACAGCGGCCGCAUCCUAUACCACGUGCCCUCUCUCUGUCCCAGGAGCAUAUGGAGACGGUGAAGACUCCAACUCCAGAGCCUCAGGAGACAGAGACCAGGAAGGUUAUCCAGAUGCACUGUAAUUUAGAGGCUAAUGAAGAAGGCACCAGGACUCAUCUUUCUCUGUUUUUGAAGAUGGACGACAAACUUCACCGCCAGCUUAGCUGUGAUGUUCUUCCAACUGAUCACCCCAGAGAUCUGGCCAGUGAGCUGGUCCACCAUGCGUUUAUUAGCGAGGAUGACUGUGAGAAGUUGGCCUGCUUUUUGGAAGAGGCGCUGGGGAAACACUGGGGUGGAGCUUCCACGUCUCCUUCAUCCAUUAUGUUAAUGCACUGAGUCGCACUGGAGCGCUGUUGUGAAGCAGAGAAGUUGGCUGGAGCUGGUCUAAGAGAAAGGAAAGAGGGAGCUGAAGAGUUACCAGAAGUGCAACCCUUUUAAAUGGGAAAGGGCACAACAAGUCUUGAAGUGGUAGAAUUGAAUAGCUCCAUGGUAGCAAGGCUGUAAAGAACUCUGACCAUUAACAUUAUCCCAAAACACAACAGGCAUGUUGUUCUUUCACCGGUGAUGAAUCCACCAUGUAUUCCUUUAUAUGUUUGACGGAUUUUUGUGGACAUUCUCAGUGCUGUUUUACCAUGCUGGAUGGUAAGAUCCAUCCUCUAUCCAAGAGGUUUCUGGCAAAGGAAAAUGCCACAGAAGUAAAGUCUUAGGAACAAAGAACUUGGGGAAGUCACAAGAAAGGAUACUGUUGGUACAAAUAGUUGGUUCUCAUGGGUCUGCCAGCCCAUGUGUCUUAAACUGUCAAGGAUUUUUUUUUUUUAAAGAUAACUGCAGUGCAUAUUUAUUUAUUGUUUAACUAUUAAACAUGGAUAGAAAAUGUGACUCUUAAAACUCCCAGUGAGAAAAAAAAAAUUUCCAAAUAUGUGAAAUGUUUUAUUCCCUGCAAAAAAAAAAAAAGAUUGAAUAAAUGAUUGACCAGGAGCGGAUGAGUGUACAGUACUGUAGCAAAGUGCCGUUUGGUUUUGUUAUAGUUAGGUCUCACAUUGGGAGAAGUAAUCUAAAAUUUCUAAAAGGACUGGUUCUUACAAAGCACAAAGUGCCUGAGUAAGAAAUGAAUGUGUCAAAAGUACAUGGAGUGCUAUUGCCAUUAAUCAAAGAGCUUGAUUUAUACAGAUUUGUGGUUCACUGGCAAUAACCUUAGACUUGCUAAAGUUAAUGAGUAUGAUUUUAUCAUUGUGUAAUGUAUGCUAAAUAUUCUUAAUACCAUUUGUGUAAUAUCCUUAGAAUAAGGGCACACUACAUAAACACCCUUACACUCACUAGCCAUUUUAAUAGGAAUAUCUGUGUCCUUCAUUGCAUUCAUGCAGUUAUCUAGUCAGCCAAUCAUGUGGCAGCAGUGCAGUAUGUUAAAUCAUGCAGAUACAGGCCAGGUGCUUCAUUUAAUGUUUGACGUUGACAUAAAUGGAAAAUGUGAUCUCGGUGACUCUGACUGUGGCAAGCCAGAUGGGAUGGAUUGAAUAUUUAGGAAGCCACUGAUCUCCUGGGAUUUUCACACACAACAGUCUCUAGAGUUUCCGCAGAAUGGUGGGAAAAACUAAAACAUCCAGUGACCAGCAGUUCUGCGGGUGGAAAUGCCUUUUUGAUGAGAGACAUCGGAGGAGAAAGGCCAGGUUCAAGCUGACAGGAAGGCUACGGUAAUGCAAAUAAUGACAUGUGCAUUCUGAGAUGCUUUUCUGCUCACUACGGUUGUAAAGAGUGGUUAUUUGAGUUAGCGUAGCAUUCUUGUCAGCUCAAACCCACCUGGCCAUUCACCUCUGACCUUUCUCAUCAACUGUCACUGUCAAACAGUCAGAGCAGCCGUUUCUGAAAUACUCAGACCAGCCCAUCUGGCAUGGUACCAACAUCAUCCCAUGGGCAAAGUCACUAAGAUCACAUUUUGCCCCAUUCUGACAUUUGAUGUGAACAUUAACUGAAGCUCUGUAUCUACAUGAUUUUAUGAAUUGUGUUGCUGCCGCAUGAUUGGCUGAUUGGAUAAUUGCAUGAGUUAGGAGGGGUACAGGUGUUCCUGUUAUAGUCAAUGGUGAGUGUAUAUUAAUUCAUCUGAUAAUGACCAGGUUAAACUUCUGCACUACUAACUAGCAGCUUCUGGGGUUAUAUCCCAGGGCUGGCAGAGUUAGAUCCUCAACCUCUACUGCUUGGCUCUAUGCUUAGAUGGUAUUGGAUAAAAGAAUCUUCCAAACGAUUAAAAGUAGUAGAGCAGGGAAUAUGUCAAACUGCUCUUGAAAGAAUGGUUUAGUAGCAACCUUUAUGGUAUAGGAAAUGAGUUCUGCAAUUGUAGUUGGAAUAUUUUGACUUGGAAACACUUAUCACACACUAUCAGACGUGACCAAAGUAGCACCAUUUUUCUGUGCACUGGACUUUCUAGUCCAAGCCUACAGGCACUUUAUAAUGUGAAAUAUAUCCCCUCAUAUAACUAACAAAACUCAUCAAGAUAUGAUGUUUAACAUGUUGGAUGAGAAAGAAUCCCUCCAUCAAGGUUAAAAGGGCUGUUCUUAGUUUUGAGUUUGCACCAUAUACAGCAGUAUUUGCAAUGUUUGAUGUUCUGUUAAAGAGCAGUUUACAUACACAUAUAAAAACCAAGUGAGGUACGUGCCAAAAGAACACUGAAGAACACUGGAAUCGAUACUGGCAGCUGGGAUUGGGGUAGAUGAAUGGAAAAGAAGUUUGACACAUUGUCUCUGGAAAAUCUUACUAUGACUCUUGGUUUGGGUUUUUUUUUUAUUGUAUAAUUAUAAAUCAGUAUUCUGUUUUUUUUUUUUUUCUCUCUCAUGCCAUUUAUGCUAACACUAUCAAAGAUUUUAAGUCCUGGUCACGAAUUAUUUUAGCUAGAAGACCAGCUUUUUGUAGUUUUAGUACAACAACAAUGCCCCUGCCGAAAUGUACAAUUAUAUAAACAAUUCAAACUGCACAAGUUAAACGUGGUUAUUUCAGCGAUUCCUCAUUUGGACUUCUGGGUGAUUUCAGUGAUAGUACCACAUUUGUGAAUUUUCUAUUUAAAAUUUUCUAUUUAUCUCAAUAGAAAUACUUUUGCAUGUCAGAACAUGAAAGUUAUUACCAAGUUUUUGGUAAAGUAGUAUGUUGGAAGUGCGAUAUCUGACCAGCCACCACGUCCUUCUGAAAUAAUUGUAACCUUCGAUCAUUUUCCUGUAAGACAGGUGAUUAAAAAACCAGUAGGGACACACAUGGAAGUAUGUUUUCCAUUCUAUACUGAAUCAUUUAGUGUCAUCCUGAAAUCUUGGACAUUGUGGAAAGUAGAUACAGGAUGAUAUAGAUAUAGAUAAAUGAAGAAAUGAAUGUGUGUAACCUCCAUGUACCUGCACAAUGAUUGGUGACAUCCUCCCAGGCCUUGGUCAAAUAGUUUACUCUACAUUCUGCUUUUUGGAUUUAUGCAAAUUAUUUUUAUUUGUGUCAAAUAUUGUCUGUUAUACAAAUUGCUCAAUAAAAUCUUAAGAAUCAUAAAA